CCCACCCACCGAGUUCCUUAUUGCUCUCUAGAGCUCCCUGCCCCACUUGCACACUGCACACACUGGGAGCUGCCGGGAACAUGGCUGGUGACUUAGCUCUGCUCGCUGUCGUGUCUCUGCUUUCUGCCCUCCAGCAAGCUCGUUUUGCUCGGCUGGUGGGAAAAUCAAGAAUGAAGCACAAGGUCUUGCCCCCGGCUGUCACUGGAGCUCCAGAAUUUGAAAGAACAUUUCGUGCACAACAAAACUGCGCAGAGUUUUACCCCAUAUUCCAGACUCUCCUCUGGAUCGCAGGAUGGUUUUGCAAUCAAGAACUAGCCUCCUUGCUGGGCCUGCUGUACAUGUACGCUCGCCACAAGUACUUCCACGGCUAUGCGGAGUCUGCAUCAAAAAGGUUAACGGGUUUUUUUUUGAGUCUGAUAGUUCUGGCUUGCUUGGCAAUCCUUGGUGCAGCUGGGAUCGUUAACAGCUUUACGGAUGAAUACCUGGGCUUCAACAUUGGGAAGAAAUUACAUAAAUUGUUCUGAGUACUUUAAAACAAAAUAAAAC